AUGAGCUCUCAGCGGGAGCAGGGCGCAGACUCCCCGGGGCUGGAGGCUGUGAUUCAGAAGCUGGAGGAGUCUCUGCUUCGCUCUGAGGGCAGCUCCGGAGAGAGGACGCUUCAGGGCGAGAGAGGAGAACUUGGCUCCUCGCCGAUGCCACUUUCUGCUCGCAUUCGCCAGAUCAUCACCUGCAACCUGGCCGAGCAGCCAGCCGGCGAGGGCCGCGAGGCCGGCGAGCCGGAGGAGAGCCGGGCCCCGAGGGGGCCGCCGUCUCCGAGCCGGACGGACCGUGACCGGCUGCCAGUCAAACACAGCGCUCUCACAGACAGGCUGGAUCAGAUACUGAUGAUACAGUCAGGAGGAGAUUCAGAUCAGGACAAUGCAUCAACAGGAUCCCCCCAACUCCAGAGCAAAGAGAGGGUCUAUAGAGAAAAGCUUCUGGCCUAUCAGGAAGCACAGCAGAGACAAGUACAACUUGUUCAAAAGCUGCAGACCAAGGUUCUUCAGUACAAGAAGAGGUGUGGGGAACUAGAAGAUCAAGUGCUGCAGAAGACGUCAGAUUCUGAAAAGAUGAGAUUGUUGCUGCAGGCCAACCUGGAGUCGGCUGAGCGGCAGCAGCAAGCAGAGCAGGAUCUCCACAGAGCUACGCAGGAUAAGCUGGAGGAGGCACAGAAAAGGUGUGCCAGCCUCAGCCAAGUGAAUGCAAUGCUACGUGAACAACUGGAUCAGGCAGGCACCGUCAACAAAGGGCUCACAGAGAGCUUAUGGAAAGCCCAUGAAGACAUUGAGUUGAGUGACACCAUUCUGCGCAAGGAGCAAGAGACGUGCGCCUCCAGGUUGAUCCGUGAACAAGCUCGUGUCAGAGCUCUGUGGCGCCAGACUGCCUCCCUGCGGAGCAGUUUUACUCAGCUCAGGACUUUCACUGACAGAACUCUGUCUGAUAUGCGAGGGGAGUGUGUCGCUGCCUGCCAACAGCUGCAUGCGGCCUGCAUGAACCUAGAGACCAGAACAACACUAGGAAGCUCCCUCAGUGGCGUGGAGGUGUCUGCAAUGGAGAGACAACUGAAGGAGAGACUCAGGGAGGCCAUGCAGCUGCAGGCCCGCUGGGAAGCAGAGAAAAUCCAGCUCAACUCAAGGAUAUUGGAGCUAACUGGCACAUCACAGCACCUCCGAAGCCAGAACGCUGAGAAGGAUUCGAGCCUGAGCGCCAUGCAGAUCAGCUUGGACAAGAUGGAGACAAAGAGAGCAGGGGAUAAAGCUGAGAUGGAAACACUCCGCGCUGAGGUCCAAGCCCUCCAAAAGACUUUAUUUCAUGUCCAACAGUUGGUUGGCAGUGCGGCUGAGAGCUGUGGCCCUGAAGCAGCUCCUUCUUCGCCUCCCUGCGGCUGCUCUUCUCUCAGGACGUCCACCAUAUUGGCUGUACAGAACGUUCUGUCCAAGCACCAGCAGCAGCUACAGGACCUUGGAGCGGCUCUGGAAGCUGCUCUGGAGCAGGUGGACACUCUGCGCUGUUGCCUGCAGGAGAAGGAUGCUGAGCGGAAGAGGCUGGAACAAACGGCUCAGCAAGCGAGGAGGGAAAGUCAGGAGGCUAGAAAGGCUCAGGAGGAAAGCCUCAGAGAGAGCAGCAGGCAUCGCUGCUCACUGGAGCUCCUAUCCAGUGAGAAAGACCGCCUGGAGAAGCUGCUGUCCGGGCGGCAGCAGGAGGUGGACUCCCAGCAUGCCGAGCUGGAGGUUGUGCGGAGCUCAUCGCUGGAGCUGCAGAGACAGCGGGACCUCCUGAGGCAGCAGAGGGAGGAUCUGGAGAUGCAGCUGGCACGCCAGCGAACGGAGGCCCAGAGAGGCGAGAGGAGUUUGCAGGAGCUUGAAGCGAAGCACUCGGAUCUGCGUAAGGAGCUGGUGACCGUGAAGGAGGCCCUGAACCAAGUCACCCUGCAGAAAGAGGUGCUGGAAGCCGACAAGGCCAGCCUCGCCGCGGCCCAAACCAAGAUGGAGUCGCAGAGAGCUGCGCAGGAGAGCGCCAUCACCAAGCUGCAGAGCCGGGAGGCCUCCCUCACAGACUCUCUGGCCAAAAUGGCCGCCCUGAGUGAAGGUUUGGCCAAAGACAAAGUGGAGCUGAAUCGGAUUCUGCUGCAGAUGGAAGGGGAGAAGACGGAGCUUGGCGAGCGCAGACGAGAAGCCGAAGCGGAGCGCGUCGCCGCCAGAGAGGAAGCGGUGCGGGCGCAGAGCGACAUGAUGAAUCUGCUCACUGAGAAACAAGCUCUGGAGAGCUCCCACAGCCACUUGCAAGAUGUGUGCCAGAAGCUGGAGGCAGAGAGCAGCCUCCUGCAGAGGGAGAAAGACCAGGCCCUGGAGAAGCACUCCCAGGUCAGCAGGCAGUUGCAGAGUGUGACAGAGGAUCUGUGUGCGUGCAGGAAGGAGCUUGAGACACAGACCGCAGCCAUAAAGAGAGCUGCCCGUGACAGGGAGGAGCUGGCCAAGGACAAGGCGGCUCUGGAUGUCAAGCUAAACUCUGCUGACCGAAAGGCCUGCGGUCUCACGCAGGAGCUGCUCGCGCUGAGAGCGGACAAGGAGUCCCUGGAGGCGACGCUGUUCGAGAGCCAGGAGCUGGUCUCGUCCCUGGAGGCCGAGCUCGCCGCGCUGGGGGGGGAAAGGCGUGCCUUGAUCCUGGCUAACGAGGCCUUGACGCGUGAGGCUGCUCAGCUCCGUGCGGACAAUAAGCGGCAGUCUGCACAAGCCGCACAAGAGCGGACUAAGAUGGAGGAGAAGUUUGCUCAGAUAGAGAAGAGCAUGGUGCUGACCCUGAAGAGCAGAGAGAAAACCCACCGGGAGCAGCUGGAAGCUGAGCGACUGCAGAAGGAGCAGCAGCAUGCAGAGCUGACGGCGCAGUGGGAGCAGGCGGAGGAGCAGCUGCGCAGGCAGUGCGAGGAGCUGCGCGUGCGCAGCCAGAGGGAAGUGCAGCAGGUGCAGGAGGAGCUGUCCAGGCUGCAGCGGGACCGCAGCCAGAGCCUCCUGCAGGCCGAGAGCGAGAAGCAGCAGGCUUUGUCCCUGAAGGAGGCAGAGAAGGCCGCCCUCACAGAGAAACUGGCAGCCUUGAGGCAGGAUCUGGCCACUGCAGACAUGGAGAUGGAGUACGUUCAGAGGGAGGCGCUCAGCAAACAGGAGCAGGACAAGAAUGCAGUGGCUGUCCUUCAGUCGGAGCUGCAGGACUUACAGGCUCGGUUUGAGGAAUCUUUGAACACUCAUGAGAGCAGCAGGAAGAGUCUCGCUGAGCAGGUCGCAGAGCUGAAUCAACAGAAGGAGCAUGCUCAACAGGAGUUGGAGGGUCUCCGACAGCAGCUGCAGCAGGCAGAGUAUCGACUGAUUGAUUCGAAGCGCGAGCUGAUCGACGCUCACAGAGAGCUUCAGGGCUGCGCUCAGGAGCGAGACAAGCAGCGAAAAGAAGCGCUGGACCUCAGGAGAGUCCUGGGCGAUGAGGCUCGAGAGAAAGAAGCCCUCCAGGACUCCAACCGGGAGCUGAGAGCCUUCAUCAAGAAGACAGAGAGCGAGAACAGCAGUUUGAGACGAGCUGUGGAGGAGAAGGAGCAGCAAGUGUCUGUCUUAGAGGAAUGUAAAAGGUCAAUGCAGCAGGAGGCAACAAGUCAACGAGGCAGCAUGAGAGAGCUGGAGAAAUCCCGUCUGCAGGCGCGCAGAGAGCUGCAGGAGCUGCGCAGACAGGUAAAGGUCCUUGAGGGCGAGAGCAGCCGGCAGAAACAGGAGCUGCAGGAGCUGCAGGCCCGGGUCUGUCAGGAGGAGCAGAGGGAGGAGGAGGCGCGUCGCGACGCCUUCGCUCUGAAGCAGAGGCUGCUGGAGUGUGAGGCUGGCAGGGAAGCAGCGCUAAAUGAGGUUGCAAGUCUGCAAAGUCGUGUAUUAGAGCUGACCACCGAGAUGCACGAGAAGCAGGAGCAGCUGCAGGAGAAAGAGGCUUUCCUGCACCAGAGCGAUCAGACUGGCAGGGAAGCAGCCGCACGGCUGGAGGCAAAGCUGGAGACGACCGGCGCUCAAGUUCGGGAGCUCUCUGUGCAAGUGGACUUCUCUGAAAACAAAGCCCGGCUUCUCCAGGAGCAGCUGGGCCUGAGGGACGCCAAGUGUCGGGACCUGGAGCGCCACCUGGCUCAGAUAUGCUCAGCUCUGCACCACACUGUGGACGGGGACUCCACCAGGGUCUCAGACAAAGCCGGAUUACGGAGACGGUCGAGGAGAAGCCACUCGCAUAUGAAUGCAGGAGAGAGCGGCAUGGAGAGAUCUGUGUUUUCCACGUCUCACGGGGAGGAGAAGGAGCUGAACGUGGAGUUGGUGCACACAGUCCUGAGGGAAUUCCAGCAGGAGUUCAGAGAUGCACAAAGAGAAAGGGAUGAAGCUAAGGCUGAGAUAGCGACUCUCAGUCAACACAUCACUGAGCUCAAAGGCAGCCAUGAAACAUCUGCGUCCCAACUGCUGCAACUCAAAAGAUCAUUGAAACAGUCGGAAGAGGGAAAACGAGAGCUCGAAGAACAGCUGCACAAGGCGCAGGCUUCCCUUUCCCUGCAGGAAGCAAAGUCACAUCAUGCCGACAAAGAGAAGAGAAGUCUCCAGGACGAGGUUGCUCAACUCCGGAUGAGUCUGCAAGCUGCCCAGACCGAGGCCUCAGCACUGCAGGACAAGGUGGAGGUCCUGCAGAGCUUAGAGAUCUCUGCAAAUGCAGACCAGCGGAAGCUGAAAGAGUCUCUGGAGGCAGCGGAGAGCAGAGCGAGACAUCUGGAGCUCUCCCAGCGGACCCUGGAGGGCGAGCUUCAGAGGGCACAGCUGAGGGCGGCGGAGCUGGAUGCCGAGCUGGGAGCAUCGCAGGAGAGGCUGGCGGACCUGAGGAGGAAGCUAUGUGAGAGCGAAGACCAGUGUGCCGUGCUGAGAGUCAGCGAGGAAAGGCUGAACGCUUCUCUGGCUCGAGCCGAGCACCACGAGAGCCAGCUGAGAGAGCAGCUUCACAAGGUGUCCAGCAGCCUGAAUGACCACCGGGCCGGCGCAGGAGCCCUGCAGGAGCAGAUAGCGCAGCUGCAGAAAGCCUUGACGGCCAGCGAGCAGGACCGGAAGCUGCUGCAGGAGCGUCUGGAUAAAGCGCGAGGCGCCCUGUCAGAGAGCAAGAGGCUGAACCACACACUCACGGAGCAGACCCAGAGCCUUCAGAGAGGCCAGGAGGACUCGCUGCUCAGGAUUUCUGACCUGGAAAAGCAGAACCGGACACUCAAGGAGAGUUUGAAGCAGCAGCAGGAUGCCGAGCUGCAAACCUCCCAGCAGCAGCUGAGAGCAAACGAGGGACUCCAAGACAAAGUUGUCCGUCUGCAGAGUGCUCUGCAGAGACUGCAGGGUGAGAGGGACGAGAUGGAGAAGGCGCUGACACGGCUUGGUCGAGACAAGGCUGCGUUAAGAAAGACACUGGAAAAGGUGGAGAUGGAGAGGCUGCGGAGCGACGAAGACGCAGCGUCUGCGGCCAGAGAGAGGGAGCAGCUGGAGCAGGCGGUGGGCAGCCUCCAGCAGACGCUGCUGAAAAAGCAGGAUGUGGUGCAUUCUCUGCAGGCCCAGCUCUCCCAGCUGGAGCAGUCUCAUGCACAGCGCCUCCUGGAGGUGACGGCCCGCCAUCACCAGGAGCUGGGUCUGGAGACGGACCGUCUGAGAGACGGCCAGCUCCAGGCGGAGCAGGCCCUGGAGUCCCGGGAGAGGGCUCAUCGCCAGAGAGUCAAGUGCCUGGAGGAGCAGGUGCUGACUCUGAAAGAGCAGCUGGAUCAGGAGGUGAGGAGACGACAGGCCUAUUUAAAUCAGAUUCUGCAGCCCGGUGUGUAGACCCAGACCCCGCAGUGAAGUAUGUAGCCCCUCCACCUCCGUCACUCGCUGCUCCUCUGGCAGCUGACCAGCAGCAUUUCCAGCUACAUCCACAUUUGGAAGCACACAAACACACUCCCGUGGCGCCCGCCGCACACGUGCUCACAGGAUUACAAUAAUCUGCAAGAAAGCUCGACAACAACAACAACAAUGAGUGUUUUGUUUGUGAGCGAACUGGACGUGCCAAAUUGUUUUAAGGAUUUCCUCUGACUCACCGCGCUCGGCUUGCAUAAG